CGAUUGUUAUUGGGGAAAAAACACGAAGCUUGUUUAGAUGCCAUUCCUCUAAGCAGCGCAGGUUUUUGACGACCAAGAGGCAGAACAAUGGCAGAACCUAGGAAACAGGACAUUUCGGCGAUUUUCAAGCGACUGCGCUCCGUUCCUACGAACAAGGUUUGUUUUGACUGCGCAGCUAAAAACCCCAGCUGGGCCAGCAUCACCUAUGGCGUGUUCCUCUGCAUCGACUGCUCUGGGACCCACAGGUCCUUGGGGGUACACCUGUCCUUCAUCAGGUCCACUGAACUGGACUUUAAUUGGUCCUGGUUUCAGCUCCGAUGCAUGCAGGUUGGGGGCAAUGCCAGUGCGAUUGCGUUUUUUAAUCAACAUGGGUGCCAGGCCAGCGCAGCGAACACCAAAUACAACAGCCGGGCUGCCCAGCUGUACAGGGAGAAGAUAAAGACCUUGGCUACACAAGCUACCAGACGCCAUGGCACUGAGCUCUGGCUCGAGAGUCAGGCUCCUCUCUCUCCAACGUCACCAGGAGACAAGCAGGUGGAUUUCUUCAGCCUACAUUCACAGGCUACGCCUGAAAAUUUGAAUUUGGACAAAAUGAGUCUCAGCUUGUCCACAUCAGAGAAGCCUUUGACCCAGGACAAAAAUGAAGACCGAAAUGGGAAUUUGGAGGAAGGUCCCAGUGUAGAAAUGCUCAGUGUUUCUCCAAAAGAAAAUCCAGAGCCUUCCUCUCUUCUCAAGAAGAAGCCAGCUGCAGCUAAGAAAACUCUGGCUACUAAAAAAGGCGGUCUGGGAGCUCAGAAGGUCAGCAGCCAGAGCUUCUCAGAGCUGGAGAAGAAGGCUCAGGCUGCCGACAAACUCCGAGAGAAAGAAGAGAGCUCUUAUGCCGCAAAGACGAAUAUCCCAUCCGAGGAAUCCACCGCUCCGUCCUUGCGACUGGCUUAUAAAGAGCUGGAGCAGCAGAAGAAAAUUGAGGAGCAGAAGCUGAAGGGAUUAGAGGGGAAGAAGAAGGAGCAAGCUGAGCGGUUGGGCAUGGGUCUUGGCAUGAGGAGUAGUGGAGUUUCACACUCUGUGUUGUCAGAAAUGCACAUCAUCCAGCAGGAGAGUCCACUCGGAGCCAAAACUACCAAAGCCCGACGAUUUACUGAAGAUGAUGCGGAUGAAGGRUCCUUUAGCUCAAGAGUCCUGUCUCGAUUUGAGGAUCAGACGGAACCUACAGAUUUCCAAUGGGGAGACGGUAGUGAUGCAGGAGGGUGGAUGAAAGAGAGUAAGAAACCAGAGCCGGAUUUCUUCAUGUCCUCCAUGUCUUCAUUUGACGACAGACCUACAACCAGGAGGAAAGCUGAACCGGCACCCGUCUCAGAUUCAGGCGAAGCUCGGAAAAAGUUCGGAGCCGACGUCAAAGCCAUCUCCUCUGAUAUGUACUUUGGAAAACAGGAGAACUCUGAGUACGAAGCUAAAACUCGCCUGGAGAGAUUCGCAGGGAAUUCUUCGAUAAGUUCAGCCGAUCUUUUUGAUGAUCCAAAGAAACAAACCGCAGGAAGUUCAUACCGCCUGAGCAGCGUCCUGCCCAGCGCUCCCGACAUGUCGCAGCUCAAACACGGCGUGCGCUCGGUCGCAGGGAAGCUGUCCGUCAUGGCGAGCGGCGUAGUUAACACAAUCCAGGACCACUACAACUCCUGAGUCGCAGUGUUGAUGUCGGGAACAUCUUCUGUGAGCACUCUGCUGAGGAGAAACAGGAAACAGAUUUAUCAACGCUUGCAGCAAGUCUACAGAUUUACAAAAAAAAAAGUUUUUCUUUCAGCUGAAGUGUAUAGMUCUAAGACUAGAACUUAAACCAACGAGUGGAAGGAUUUUUUUCUGGAAACAACUUGAAGGGAGACUUAAAGAAUUUAGUCUGAAUAUAUCUCYGGUUAAAGGUUUGCAUAUGUAGGCAUAUUGUAUGUAGCCAAGUGAGUAGCUCUGUGGUGUUUUUAAACGAGGGCCGUCCUGAUGAUUAUAAUAUUCUUUGUGUMGUUUUUCAUGCACACUUUGUCGUUCACACAGGCUUGAAAGUGUCCUUUCUGUUCUCAAAGUGCACUUAGGUUUGCUCCUCCACAAUCUGGACCAAAAGCUGACACAGACCUUGAGGGACCACRUAUGUUUUGCUUCACUGAAUAUGCUAAAAUCCAUCCAUUGCUGGAGAGGUCGCUUUGUUUGCUCAGAACUUCUUUAUGCUUUAAGUUGCUGCUUUCUUUUGGUUCUGCAUACAAAGCUGCAAGAGGGAAAAAUGCUGAAGUUGCGUCMGAUUUCUUUAAAGUUGUGGGAAUUGUAAAUAAAGGUAGCAAAUUUGAUUUAAAGCUGUUUCAGAACCAAAACUUGACGUUAUUUAAAAGUAAGCUUAGCAGUUGGGAGUAAAGUUAGUUUUAGGUCCUGGCACCAAAGAGCAAGUAUAUUUUUCACGUUUUCUUUAAUUAAAUAAAAAAUAAAAAAUAAUUAAAAAAAAGCUAUUGCAGCAGAAGGACUCUGCUUUAUGCAGGAUCAUUGCACUAUUUAAUUUGUCCUCAGUUGUGUUGUUUAGAAUGAGACACUAUUAAUAUCGUAAUAUAUACAUUUAUUACGUGUAGAAGGGUGCCUUUUGGUUGAAGUUUCUAUGUUGAAAGCUUUGAUGAAAUGACAAUUUUACUUUUUAAUCGUUUAAAUCGAAAAAUAGAUUUACUUAGGAGUUAUUUUGGACAAUCCAAGUUUAAAACGAUGUUCUGUUAUUAUUGGGAUUCAACACUGCCAGUCCAGAAAUCCAUAUAAAUGUUUUGUGACGCCCCCAGAAAUUGAGGAUUAGUUAAAGAGUCUGAAGCGAUCCCUGCAGAAWCCAAACGAACCACAUCCCAGUCUGCUGGCAAACCCAACCCAAAGGCUCAGUUUAGAAGGAAUUAGUUUACAGCUCUACAGAGGAUGAUACUAAGUAACUUCUUUAAAAUAAGACAGUUCACCCCUUUACUGUAUGCCUUAGUUAAAAAAAAAUAUUCAUUCAGCUUGAUUUCUAUAUUACAAUGUAAUCUUGUUACCCAUUGGUUAGAUAUCUGAACUUUCUAGCUUGAGCUGUUUUUAAUGUUUCUGCGUCAACGAUGCAACCACAUUCGCUUUGCUUUCUGUCGAGUUGUCUUUUUCUGUUGGAUAAUUAAUGUUACAUGAAAGAAUAUCCGUGUGUAAUCUGCAUGACCUUUUGUGAUACACAGUAUACAGACAUUCUGAAAAUAGGAAAGACCCCCCCCCCCCUUUUUUUUAGUGACUAAAGUUGGCUAUCAAUAGCUACAUACAAUAGUUGUCUAUGGCUUUGACUUGCAAUUUAUAUAAAAAAAUAAACUGAUAAUCAAUUUGUGACUAUUUGUGAUGUAUGUAAAAUUUUGCAAAAAUGCCAAAUCAGCUUGUUCGUAAACCGUUUUAACUUUAUGUUCAAAUAAACAUUUUGCAUUGGUUAA